AUGUCCUUCCAACCAACACCAACGGACGUCUCCGUCAUUAUCUCCACGGCCUCAUCUGGCCCUGGGACAGAGAGCGGUCCUUCAAUCGCGACCGAGCGUCGUGUCACGCCGUCAUGGACCGUGUCACAGUUGAAAGGCAAAUUGGAGACGAUGACUGGUAUUCCUCCGGGGAACCAGAAAUUGUUAUUGAAGUCCCCGGGGAAACAGGACCAAUGGAUUGAAGGUGACGAGAGGCUUGUUGGAGAGUGGGGUUUGACGAGGGGUUGUGAAAUAGAGGUUCAUGAUACACGCCCGCCGUCUGCAAGGCCAAACUUCUCCGACCUCUCCUCGGUGGAGAAGUAUGAGCUUCCAACAGAGACCUAUGAGGCCCUGCCUAAUUCCGUUCUCGCCUGGAAAAAGGCCAAUAAACUCGGUCGUUUCGACCCCAAUGCCCAGACGCCGGAACAGCUGAUGCAAGCACAGGCGGCCAAGGAUCAGGAAGAGGUCCAAAAGAGAGACGUUAAUACAUCGUUAGGCAUAACUGUAUCCGCACGUGCUAUUAUUCUACCAUCGUCACCGCCACACGUACGCCGCGGAACCAUCCGCUACGUUGGACCGGUUCCUGAGAUUCCCUUUCCGGGGUUGAAGGGAAAGGUUGAUAAUCAAGAAGGUCCACUCCCGAUCUGGGUAGGCAUCGAGCUCGAUGAGCCCACGGGCAAAAAUGACGGCAGCAUUGGUGGUAAACGUUACUUUGAAUGCCUCGACAAAAGAGGCGUCUUUGUGAAGCCGGACAAGGUGGAAGUGGGCGACUUUCCUCCACUGGAUCUGGAUGAUGAAUUAAAUGACGCCAUGGAGGAGAUAUAG